CGCUGUGCCACUGUGAGCGGUGCAUGUUCUCGGUUCUCCCGCCUGUGUCGAUGUAGUAAACGUUUUAUGAUAUCUGCUUUCUCUUGUUGCCCCCAUGGAAGCGAAGUAUUCAGCUCCUGCAGGAGACACAGCUAUGACUCGGAAGAAUGUGGUGAGGAGGAGGCUUUCGAGCCCAGGAAGGCCGCACCCUCCGAAGGACAUCUGGGUCCACACAGGCCCAUCCAGAGAGUGCCUGCCGGAGAGCGGGAGUGUUUCACCGCGAGCACCUCGACGUCGGAGAGCACCCUCUCCUCGCUACGCACGGCCCCCGAGCUGCCCCUGCCCCCCGAGCGGGCCGGAACGGGGGGGCAGAGAUCGCCGGCGUGGAGCUGGAGUGGAGGAGCGGAGGCGGUGGAGGAAGAAGAGGAGGAGGAGGUGGAGCAGGAAGGGGGCGCCGCUGCCGUGGGAGCGGUCAGCGCGGCGGACCAGCCGCCAAGGCAAGGGGGGACGCCGAUCCCCGGCUACCCGCAAGUCAGACACCUAGGCGUGGAGCCCUUGGUCAGGGCUUCCAACUCUAACCUGACCUGUAGUAGCUCCGGGUCGGAAGGCAGCCUGUCUGUCGUUAGCGAUGCUUAUGGCAGCAUGUUCAGCCUCUAUAGAGGCAGACCCUUCUUUAUACCCAUUGGAGAUUCUGGGAUGACUCCCCGUGUGAUUGUCUGUCUGUCUCUCCUCUGUGACAGGGAGCUGCGUGAAGGCUCGCCGGCCAAGGUCCCCUUGUCGCGGUGGGACCCCAUCAUGGCUCAGAGGGUCCCGUUCCCCGCCAGCCUGAAGGCCAGGCCGCUCAGCCCGAAGGCCCAGCGUGUGGGGAUGGGCCCGGUGCAGCCGACCACGCCGUUGACUCCGAGACGCAAGCUGAGCACGCCGGCGGCCUACAGCGACACGGUACCGGCUGAGUUCCAGGACAAGGCCAAGGCCAAGGCGGAGGAGUCGGGCCCACUGCGGAGAGACAGCGCCGACAGCCUCUCCCCCCGUCACGGCUCCAAGGUGUUCGACCGGGUGCGGUACUUGGAGACGUUCCCCGAGAGGCGCCGCAGCUUCGACCUGUCCGACGGCCAGGCCUGGCCGGGCUUCAGGAAAUCGCGCUCCUUCGACCAGGCCGACACCCGCCAGGCCCGGCGGCGAGGAACCUCCUUCUCCGACCUGCUGGAGGCCGAGGCGGGCCAGCGGAGGUCCCUCUUCCGGCAGAAGGCCGCCUCAUUCGACGAGCGCACUCCCCGCCACUCCCGCGACAUCGAGCUGAAGAUCUCCGAAGAGCUGGGCCGCCUCAAGCGGUCGGCCAUGGCGUCCCCCGUGGCCAAGCCCGUGCUGAGGUCGCCCGUCCUGGAGCGCGCCGUCAACCGCGAGCUGUCGUCCCGCAAGGCCAGGCAGGCGUCCGAGCCUCCCGCCCUCCCCUCCUCCGCCGCCCAGCGCAAGCCCCUGCAGCGAGCUCUGGCCACGGCCGGCGCUGACCACGAAGAACUGGAGACCCCCGGAGAAGAUGGGGGCCGAGCGGCAGCCAACCACGUUGACCGACCUCCAGGUGGGGCCUGGAGGAGAGACCCCCGACCGGCCUCGGCCUCAGACCAAGCCCACCCACCUUUCGUGGUGGAGAUGGUCAAGAAGGUCACCUUGACCCCCGAGACCCGCCUGCCCACCGCCAUCUUUGCUGCCAAGCCCGAGGUCUCUGGAGGUCUCAAUCCAUCAUCUCUCAUGUCCAAGGAGACUCUGGACAGCUUGGACGUUGCCAACUUGGGCUCGGAGGCUGCUGGUGCCAGGUUGGGUCUCGCCCCCCUCAGCCCAGCCGGUGACCCCGGACAACUGGGGCACCCCAACCCAAGGACCGCGGAGGACCAGGAACAUCCCAAAACAGAGAGUCCAACGGAAGGGGCAAGACCACCGGCAUUGGAGAAGUCCGCUCGCAAAGUGACCAGAGUCAGGUCCAAGAAAUCUCGGCCCAUCUCUCCGGAACUGGAAUCGUCCGAUGACUCGUACAUCUCGGCCGGUGAAGACCCGCUUGAACCGCCGCUGUUUGAGAUCGCCAUCGCCGACACGGUGGUGACGCUGGGAUCUGGGGUGCUGCUGAAAUGUAUCAUCACUGGGACUCCCAUGCCCGAAGUGGUCUGGAAGAAGGGCGGGGAGAUUGUGAGGACCAGCCCGGGCCUGGUGGUGAAGGCCGAAGGGGAACGGCACACGCUCUUCAUCCCCGCCUCCGCGCCUCUGCACGGGGGCCUGUACUCUGUCACCGCCUCCAACGAGGUGGGAAUCUCCAGCUGCUGCGCAUCUGUCCACGUUCACACCGGCCCGCGUGACGUCCAGACGCUGACCAUCGUGUCCGGGGUGCGUGACGUGACGGUGAACGCGGGGGAGUCGGCGUGCUUCGAGUGCGAGGUGCGGGGACCGGCGGAGCUGGACGUGGACUGGCUGGCGGACGGCAAGCUGGUGCAGCCCGCACUGCUCAACUGCAAGAUGCACUUCGACGGCAAGAGGUGCAAGCUGCAGCUGCAGUCCGUGCAUGAGGACGACACCGGCGUGUACAUGUGCAAGCUCAGCACAGGCGCAGAGGAGAAGACGAGCAGCGCCCAGCUGACAGUCCUGCCCUCCGUGCCCCCCCUCUUCACCCGCAAGCUGCAGGACCUGGCCGUGGUGGAGGGGAGGGGGGCACACCUCAACAUCAAGGUCAGCGGCACCCCCCCACCCACGCUCACCUGGACCCACUACGGUGAGAAGGUGAUUGAGUCGGAGGACGUUCGGAUCCUGAAGGACAACGGCCUCCACUCGCUGCUCAUCCUCCACGCGGUCUCUGAGAACGAGGGGGAAUAUUCCGCCAUCGCUCAGAACCCGCACGGAGACGCCUUCUGCUCCGCCGAGCUGUACGUGGAGGAACCGCGGCCCAUCAUCUCCUCCCCCAUGGCCAAGCUGGAGAAGAUGCCGUCGAUCCCGGAGGAGCCGGAGAUCCCGGAGAACGAGAUGGAGAGGUUCACCAUGCCGGACUUCCUGAAGGCCAUCCAGAACGUUGACGUGACUGAGGGCAAGGACACGGUGCUGGAGUGCCAGGUGACCGGCCUGCCCUACCCUUCCAUCAGCUGGUACCACAACGGCCAAAAGCUGCUGAGCACCGAGGAGAGGAGAAUGACACAGUAUAAGGAUGUCCAUCGCCUGGUCAUUCGCUGCGUCGACCACUCCCACGCGGGCGUCUACAAGACGGUGAUCGCCAACAAGGUGGGCAAGGCCACCAGCUACGCCCACGUCUACGUCUCCGACGUGGUUCCGGACCCGCCGGCUGGGCCUGCGGCCGCGGUGGCUGUGACUGGACGCACCGUCACCCUGCGCUGGACCCGGCCGAAGAAACUCGACCCCUCCAUAGACCCCGGCACACUGACCUAUGUCAUUCAGAGCCAGGUGCUGGGCACGCCCCAGUGGCACAUCCUCAAGACCAACGUCAAGGAGACCACCUUCACCAUCCAGUCGCUCAACAAGGGCAUCCAGUACCUCUUCAGGAUUCAGAGCGCCACGCCAAAGAAUUGCAGCAAACCCUGCCCCGUCUCCGAGCCCGUCAAACUCCUGGACAGAGGUCCAUACCUGGAGGAAGUGCCCUGUAUCAUCGACAAGCCCGACGUAGUAUACGCCGUGGAGAACCAAAGUGUCUGUAUUACCUGUACACUCAACUACGUGCAAGCUGACGUCACCUGGAGCAGGGAGGGGGUGCUGCUGAGCCACUGGCCGCGGCAGUGUGAGCUGACCAUGCCGGACGAUGACCAGCACUCGCUCUGCCUGUGGCGGGUGGGCCGGAUGGAUGUGGGGGAGUUGCUGGUCACUGCCUCCAACGCACACGGGGUCGACUCUACUCACAUCCUGCUACAGCUCGCAGAGCCCCCUCGCUUCGAGUCGAUCAUGGAAGACCUGGUGGUCAGACCAGAGGACAACGCCAGGCUGGGAGUGGUGGUGGAGGGGAGGCCCCUGCCCGUCAUCCACUGGUACAAGGAUGACAAGGAGUUGAUGGAGAGCAGCCACCUAUCCUUUGUGUAUGAAGACAGCGAGUGUUCACUGGUCAUUCUCAACACGGCCCCUGCGGACAGCGGCGUCUACACGUGUACAGCCCGCAACCUGGCCGGAGACGUGUCCUGCAAGGCCGAACUCACCGUGGUCAAGGGAAAGGCGGAGAGUGAAGACCCGAUGGAUGAUGAGGAUACAAUCUUACGGAAGAUGAGGCUGCUGACUGAUUACUACGACAUUCACCAUGAGAUCGGCCGUGGCGCCUUUGCCUGCGUGAAGCAGGUGACGGAGAAGAGCAGCAGCGUGGACUACGCGGCCAAGCUGAUCUCAUUCCGCGCCACGCCGCGCGACCAGGCGGUCCACGAGCUACACAUCCUGUCCCAGCUGGACCACGAGCGGGUGGUCUACUUCCACGACGCCUUCGAGAAAAAGAACACCCUGACCAUCGUCAUGGAGCUAUGUCCGCAGGAGGAACUGUUCGAUCGUCUGAUCAAGAAGCCCGCUGUGCUGGAAACCGAGGUGAGGUACUAUGUCCAGCAGAUCCUGGAAGGCAUCAGGUACCUGCACCAGAGCAACAUCCUGCACCUGGACAUCAAGCCUGACAACAUCCUCCUGGCCCACCCUGGCAGUGACAGUCUCCGCAUCUGUGACUUUGGCAACGCCCUGGAGCUCACCCCCGACACACCGCAGUACAGCCGGCUGGGGACCCCCGAGUACGUGGCCCCCGAGAUCAUCGCCCAGACGCCCGUCUCCACCGCUACAGACGUCUGGCCGCUGGGAGUCAUUGCCUACAUCGGGUUGACGGGAGUGUCGCCGUUCUCCGGAGACAACGACAGGUCCACGCUGCUCAACGUGAAGAACUACAACGUGGCCUUCGAGGAGAAGAUGUUCGUCGACCUCAGCCGUGAAUCGAAGGGCUUCGUCACCAGCCUGUUGGUGGAGGACAAGCACCGCCCGUCUGCCGAGGACUGUCUGCACCACGUCUGGUUCUUGAGCGUCGACACAGUGAAGGGGAAGAUGAUCGACACCGAUCCGCUGAAGUCUCUCGUCUCACGGAGAAAAUGGCAGGGGUGCAGCGGUGACGAGAGAGAGGUUGCCAAGAAUGUGGGCAACGCUAUCUCCAAGAGGUACAAGGAGAACGUAUACGAGGGUCAAGAGCCUUCUGAUUUCUGGGCCCUACUUGGAGGGAAAGGACCGUACGCCAGCAGUAAGAGGUUGCAGGAGGAACGUCACGAUGUCAGUCCACGCCUCUUCGAAUGCUCCAAUCAGACCGGCCGCUUUGUGGCCACAGAGGUCACCGACUUCAUCCAAGAUGACCUGGACGAUGAUGACGUGAUGCUUCUGGACACCUGGGAGCAGGUUUUCCUGUGGAUCGGUAAAGGAGCCAAUGAACGUGAGCGGGAUCAAGCAGCGGUCCUGGCUACGGAGUAUCUCAACACCCACCCGAGCAACCGUGACCCGGGCACCCCCAUACUGAUCGUCAAGCAGGGCUUCGAACCCCCGACUUUCACCGGCUGGUUCAUGGGCUGGGACCAGCACCUGUGGACUGAUGGAAGAUAUGGAGAGCUGCAGCCAGGUUUGGAUGAUCCACGGAUUCUAGAGGAGCUGAUGAACGACAUGAAAGAAGUGAAAAUCUCACACACCUACAGUGAAAUAUCCACGUCCAAUCAAUCCUGGCAGACCUACCCAUUAGAUCAACUGUUGGACAAGCUGCCAGAGGAGUUACCUCCUGGUGUCGACCCAACAAGGAAAGAGGAAUAUCUGUCGGAUAAAGACUUUGAGAACAUUUUCGGCACAUCACGCUACAAGUACAAUUCAAUGCCAGAGUGGAAACAGAAGAAUAUGAAGAAAGCAAAGGGUUUUUUUUAGGAAAAGCCAGCCUGAUAGCCGAGUCCUUCGGGGGAAUUUUGGCAACGUUUUUAUUAGAUCAACCAUGUAAUUUUUUUAUCACUUAGUUUGAGGUGUUGGUUGUGUCGUCAGCCUUGGUUUUAGUUUUAGAGUUACCGCUCGGAAACUGGCCCUUCGGCCCAUCGAGCCCGCGCUUACUACCAUCGUUCAUCCAUGUUCUAUGCUAUCCCACUUUCUCAUCCGCUCCCUGCACACGAGGGCCA